AUGGCACUUCUAUAUAAUGAGGGAUGUCCAAAUUCAGAAGAAGACAUUACCAAAUGCAAUGUGCUUGCAUGUUUUAUGGAGGGGGGUAGGUUCUCAACGCGUCAUUGCAAUAAUGCAUUUGAAUCACUUAUGUUAUAUUAUCCUUUUAAUGAUAAUUCAAAUAAUCUUACAAAAAAUAUAUUUACAUUUGAGCAUUCUACACCAGCUUAUAAUUUUCAAUCUAAAGUAACAAUUCUUUCAAAUAAUGAUGGUGAAAUUUUGUUACUAUAUGAAAAAUAUAUACAUCAAUUUAGCUAUUCAUCUCAAAAAUUCUUAUGCCGUUUUCGAGAUAAAGACCAAAAAUUAAUAUUAUGUGGAAAAGUUGAACGUGAAUAUUUGGGAAAAACUCUUUCUUUUAAUUCUAUUGAUAUAAUUGAUAAAAAAGGAAGAGAAAAUUAUAGAGUUAGACUAAAAAAUUUAGAGAAUCCCAGACACAUAAGUCGUAUAUUAAAUUAUAAUGAUAUAUUUUUUAGUAAGGAUACUUGUCAUUAUAUGAAAGAUGGACAUUUUCAUGAAACUAUUUGCAGGUAUUCCAUAUGUACAAAGGAUCAAAAUGAUCAUACAUCAUGCGUGGAUGCUAAAUUAAAUGGAAAAUUGUUUCACUUACAGAAACAUUCGCAACGUUAUGAAGGAAAGGAAAAAUUUAUAUAUCUCCCAAAUAUUUGCCUAAGUAAGGGUUUUAAAAUAGAUUGCACUCCUUAUUUAUGCGAAUAUGAGAGGCCGCUUGAAUUAACUCCAUGUAAAAAGUUAGGUAUUAGUAUUGUGAAUAAUGUAAUACCACAUUCAGAAAGUUCGGAAGUGAAAUAUACAAGAACUAAAAAUUUAGUUCAUGAAAACAAUUUAAACAUGUCUUCUCUUGUUGCAAUGUCUUUUAUUCCUUUCUUAAUUUUAUUCUUUUUCAUAGGAUGCUAUAUGUAUAAAAUCAUUAAGGAGAAUAGAUCUAGAAAAAUAAAGAUGAGGUCUAAAGAACCAUAA